GGCCGCUGGUGCCGGUGUCCCCGCCGCGCUCGUGCCGCUGUGAGUGACCUCGCUCCUUCCUCCUUUCCCCCCCCACCCUCCCCGUCGGCACCGCCGCCUCCCCCCACCCCCGCCGCAAGGAGCAGGUCCCGGGUGCAGGGGGAGACCCGGGGGCAGAUUAAUCAGCCGCUCGAUGGGGAUUAACAGUGGAGCACCUCUUUGUGUCGCCUUUCCACCUCUCUGUAGCAAGAAUAACAACUUCAGCACUUCUUCAAUAAUAAUUAUGAAACUGGUAUUAACUGAAUGGCAAUUAUGGAUUUUUAACUCUAACUCACAGUAAACCAGCAAGCCAUAUGUGGAAAUUCCUACCAAAUAGCUUUUCGUUCUUGGUGUCUCGUAUCUAUACAAGAAGUUGCAAGAUACCUGUUUGUACAAGAGGAGUAUCAGCAUUAUUUGCCUGAGGAACAGAAGCUGAAAGAGAAGACACCUUAACUUGUUUGUGGAGUUAUGGUAGUGUUAUUUAUGUAGAUAUAACAAAUAUAUAUAUAUAUAUAUUUUUAUGGUAAUGAAAAUGGCUCCCCAGAAUGCUGACUCGGAAUCUAUGCAAGUUCAAGAUCUACCUGUGGCACAGCUUCAGAAACCAGAAACCAAGGAAAAUGAAAGCGGUGAGGAGACCAUUAGCGAAGGAUCCAUCGACCGGAUACCGAUCCGCCUGUGGGUGAUGCACGGGGCCGUCAUGUUCGGCAGGGAAUUCUGUUACGCCAUGGAGACAGCUUUGGUAACGCCCGUGUUGUUGCAGAUUGGUCUUCCCGAGCAAUACUACAGCCUCACCUGGUUCCUCAGCCCCAUCCUGGGCUUGAUCUUCACUCCGCUCAUCGGUUCGGCCAGUGACCGCUGCACGUUGAGCUGGGGCCGCCGGCGGCCGUUCAUUCUCGCUCUCUGCAUCGGUGUCCUCUUCGGGGUUGCGCUUUUCCUCAACGGCUCCGCUAUAGGUCUGGCUAUCGGCGACGUCCCGGACAAGCAGCCCAUCGGUAUCGUGCUCACGGUGCUCGGUGUCGUGGUGUUGGACUUUUGCGCUGAUGCAACAGAAGGGCCGAUCCGGGCCUACCUGUUGGAUGUGGUGGACAGCGAAGAACAAGACAUGGCCCUUAACAUCCACGCGUUUUCAGCCGGUCUUGGAGGAGCAAUCGGUUAUAUGUUAGGAGGGCUGGACUGGACACAGACCUUCUUGGGUAGUAUUUUUAAAUCUCAAGAGCAAGUCCUUUUCUUCUUUGCAGCCAUUAUUUUCUCUGUCUCCGUUGCUCUCCACCUUUUUAGCAUUGAAGAAGAGCAAUAUAACCCUCAGCAGGACAGGAUUGAUGAUGAAGGAGACACGCUUUCCAGUGUCAAAUUCAGCAGUAGCCUCCCCCCUUUAAAUCGACUGAAUGUAAUUAAUGAGGAGGAGCCCUACGGGGCCUCGAUGUUCCACGAUGAGGUUCAGUCAGAGCACGAUCUCAAUAUGGAGUUCCUCGACGUGAACAUUGUAAGAAGUAAGAGCGACUCGGUUCUGCACAUGCCCGACGCUACGUUGGAAAUCGAAUCGGAGCUGCUUUUUCUCCACGACAUCGAACCCUCCAUUUUUCAGGACGCUUCGUAUCCGAACACUCCCCACAACACAAGCCAAGAGACCAUGAAGUCCAAACUCAACCACUUGUCUGCUUUCCUCAGGGACAACGAGAAGGAGGAGGAAAUGUUGCUUGAUAAUCGCCUCCAUGAGGACAAAGGCCCAAACGAGAACGGCUCCCUACCAAAAGAGUUCCUCAACGGGCACGCUAGGAUAGGCAUGAAGCAAUCUAGCACUUCGAACUCCAUGCGAAGACGGCGGCACAUGUUCUACCGUCAACCGUCCUACACCUUCUCCUACUACGGCAAAAUAGGCUCGCACCGCUACCGCUUUCGUCGGGCCAACGCUAUCGUCUUGAUCAAGUCCUCGCGCAGCAUGAACGACAUCUACGACAUGCAGAAGCGGCAGCGGCAGAGGUACAGACACAGGAACCAGAGCGGCACCACGAACUCCAGCGGCGACACGGAGAGCGAAGAGGGGGAAACCGAGACCACGGUCAGGCUGCUGUGGUUGUCGAUGCUGAAGAUGCCGAAGGAGCUGCUGAGACUUUGCGUCUGUCACCUCCUGACGUGGUUUUCCAUCAUUGCUGAAGCCGUGUUCUAUACGGAUUUCAUGGGACAGGUCAUCUUCCAGGGCGAUCCAAAAGCCCCUUUUAACUCCACCGAAUUACACGCCUAUAACGCUGGAGUUCAGAUGGGAUGCUGGGGACUGGUGAUUUAUGCUGCUACUGCUGCUGUUUGCUCAGCCUUGUUGCAGAAAUACUUGGACAACUACGACCUUAGUAUAAAAGUGAUCUACAUCCUGGGCACGCUGGGUUUUUCUCUGGGCACUGCGGUCAUGGCCAUGUUCCCCAACGUGUACGUCACCAUGAUCAUGAUCAGCACCAUGGGAAUCGUCUCCAUGAGUAUCUCCUACUGCCCCUACGCGCUUUUGGGCCAAUACCACGAUAUUAAGCAGUACAUUCACCACAGCCCCGGCAACUCCAAGCGCGGAUUCGGCAUCGACUGCGCCAUCCUGUCCUGCCAGGUUUACAUCUCGCAGAUCCUCGUGGCCUCGGCGCUGGGCGGCGUGGUGGACGUAGUCGGCACCGUCCGAGUCAUCCCCGUGGUGGCUUCGGUGGGAUCCUUCCUGGGUUUUUUGACGGCCACCUUCUUGGUGAUUUACCCCGAAGUCAACGAAGAGCCAAAGGAAGAACAGAAAGGUUUAGGUCCUCCCGAGCCGGCCGAGAAGCCGACGGUGCUGAAGCUCACGCGGAAAGGAGCUGCCGCCUCGGGGCCUGAGAGCGAAUCCGCCGUGUGAGGCCAUCGAUUCUUCUUCACCCACAUUCCAGCGAGUGCAGGUGCACCAUCGAGAGCUUCUUUUUUCUUUUUAAUUAUUAUAUUAUUAUUUUUUUCCAGGAAAACAAAUUAGGAUCUUCACUACUUUGUAGCUAAAAUGACAGAAGAAAAGGCAGUUUCAUGCACAAAUGUAAAUGAAAUUCUCUAGUCCUUCAAAUAGAUUUGAACAGGUAGUCUGAUGCUAAUCGCUUUCUCUACAACUUAGACAUGUCAUUUCUGAACACUUUUUUAUUAAGAAUACAUUUAGGUUUCGAGUAAGUUUUAUUAAUCUGCAUGAGACUCACAGUGUAUACAAUUAGCAGUUAGAAGAAUGAAGUUUGGGGCUGUUUUUAACCUAACUGAAAAUGGAAGCUAUCUUAUAGUCUCUUGCUAUUAUUUUUGUCUAAACAUUUCAGAUGUCACUAGUGUAACAGCCGAAUCAAACGCCAAGACAUGGAUCCGUUUUGUUUCUCGUAAGCGCGAUAUUACCGGUCUGACAGCUCUUUACCGUUCGUUUUAGACCUCACGUUUUCGUUAGCGAAAUUGCUACAGGAUAUAGUUUGAUUUGUAAUUAAUUUUCUUGGUGUUAUGAACAUCAUCUCUGGAUGAAGCUGCCGUGGGGUUGGCUCAGUGGGAGGGGGCGUGAGGAUUCUCUUUGCUAGGGAAAGGAAUUAGUUCAUUAAUUGCACUUUUCACCAUCCUUUCACCUCCCGGUUGGGAAUGUGGCAGCCGAGGGAAAGACGCAGCGUCCGUACAACAAGGUAAAACCUCCGUCACUUUAUGGUAUGAUCUGGGUGCAUAAAAAUCUGCGUCUGAAACAGUUUUUUAGGCCUGAAAUUCCAAAUCGCUGGGCGUACAUUGCCAUUCCAGUCCCUGCGUUGGAGCAAUUUGGGGCUGGAGCUCUAGGGAGCUGCUGUACCAAUGUCAUCGGCGCAACCUCCGUAUCCCCCUCCCCUUGAUUCAGGACAUAGCUGCAGCGCAAAGACAUUUAUUUAAUGUGAAGAGUCAUAUGAACCCGAUUUCAACCAGCGUUUGGAUCUACGGGCGGCCAAAGCUCAGAGAUCCUUUUCAAGCUACUUUAGAAACCAAACUUCCAUUUGUCGUCUUGUAAAGAAGCGUUUGCGACGCUAUUCACCCCUUUCACACGGACCUCGGGGCCGCGCCAUGUGCAAAACCAGACACAUCACAGCUCGCUGGGAGAGUUUUGCUGCCUCAAAACUCCGCACAGGACUUAGGUUGGUUGUUAUUUUUCUUUUCAAGUGUCUGAGAAAGCCUUUUAUUUUCCUUUAGGGUGAAUAUUUUUUUUAGUUUAGAACACAUACUGUGAACUGUGUUCAGACAGGGGAAUGAUACUACUGAAGAACGCGAGACUCUAUUGAAGAAAUCAGUCGUGAGAAACACUUUGAACUUCUGCCGUGAACUUUAUCAUCUCAAUGACAUUUUAUAUAUUCUGCUGACGUUCAUAUAUAGCGGAGAUGAGUUGCAUUUCACCCUAUAACUGGCAUUCAUGUAAAAUAUCAUACACACUGAGCUAGCCAUUUUAAUAUUUGAAUUUUGAAGCUCCUUGAACAUCCUGCUUUUGGUUAAACAAAUGCUGGCAAGCGCUCCGUAUUUUAAUCUCUAUUUCUGGGAAGGUUCUUUCACAGUUCAAAACCCUUUUCCCCACGAUCUUUGCGGAUCAGCGUGGGUUCAAAUCACCGUUACUCCACGUAGCACCUUUGCAAGGCAGAAUUUCUUUCUCACAGCAUCAUUGAGCCCACCAAGGUCUGGCAGCGAAGAGGGAAGAGAACUGCAUGUUAAAAUCCACAUUUAGGGCAUUUUAUGGGGCCGUUUAAUGACGCUGUUUAAUUAUUCUCCAUAACACGUGAACACGCACGCUGCCUUGCAGCAGGAAGCUCCAUUUCACUCCCCUGUAAAGCCAAAGGAAAUAAUUACCCAUUGUAAACGUGCCGAGCUAUUUGUAGUCUUGCCAGAAGAAUUAAGUCGGGGAAGCCCCUGGCGAAGCGAAACCACCGCGCGGCCGCUGCUUUUUCUCCAGUUUGAGUUUUCAUUCAAUUCCCGGCACUUCUCAGGGUAGAGCAGGCAACGAUUUAUUUCUUCACGUGCCCCUUAUUUUUUGAUACGGGAAUGAUUAUUUUUUGUGCUGAUUUUAUGCGUUUUUGUGUUGUGGGAAGAGUUGAAGGGGGUUUAUUUUAUCCCUUGCAACAAGAAUUUUCUGUUUGUCGGUAUUACUGUAUCAAAUUCAUCCCACGCACUCCAGCUCUUUGGACCUUUCCCGCGGCCGGCGGAAGGUUUAGUGGGUUUAUCCCGUUUUGCUCUAUACUGUAAACAAUUUGACAAUUCCACGGUCCUUCUGGUGACCAUGAAAAACCAUCAGCGCUCAGAUUCUCGAGCGUCGCGCAUCUAGAAAUAUUUCACGUGCGAGCAGAGAAGCUCAAGCUUGAAGCGUUGGGUUUUGUACCAUUGGGUUAUUGCAAGAGUCCGCUCAGAUCCCAGAUGGCAAUUUGAGACUCCAGAAGCAAUAAUUUCUUAGGAAUGUUUCUCUUCCUGCUGGUUAGACUUUCAUAGAGAUUUAUUACCUUAAAUAGCCUUUUAAUAAUAGGAAUCUGGCGGUGAGCGCUCACGGAAAGACGCGGGUUGUUCAUCAUCGGAAGGGAAGAAGGCAGUAAAUCCACAAUCCCGAAAUGCGCCGUGUCCUUUUCCCCUUUGGCUUGGAGCUUCUUUCCAGCCUACGAAGUAACAGGAGAACCCCGCGAUGUGUGAGUUUUUCUUUGAAAUCCGGGGUUGAAUCUUUCUCGUUCCCCUCUCAAGUGCCCCCGGCACUUGGAACGACAGCGGUGACAACAGCGAUUAUCGCCAUGUACCUCGUUAAAACCUCAGUCUCAUCAUCACAAACGCGUCCGCCCGCCCUGGGUUCGGGUUUAUUUGAGGCGCGCGUGUGUCUAUAUGUGUCUGUGUGUAUAUACGUUGAUACACACGCUGCUCGGGCCAAAAUGUUGUGCUCGUCGUCGCUGUGUUCGAUAUUUUCAACUGAGUUCUUCCAGGUUUCCCUCAUCGUAGUCCCAUGCGAGAUGAGCUCAGCUAUAAAUAUGUAUUUUAUUUAAAUAACUAAGCAAACUCCUGCAUGAUAUUCCAAGCACAUGUAGCAGCUUCGGCAUCUGAAGUAUCUAUUGUGAAAGAGAAGCUGGUUUUAUUUGCAGCUGUUUUGUCCUCGUUUCCUUUGCAAUAGGCCAAAUAAAUGUAACGAACACCAAAUGUUGCACAGAAACGUUAUUAAUGACUGUGUAGAAGAAAUAUACCAAAUUUUAUUUUUCUUUGCAGAAACUUUAUGGUUACAGAGAGUCCUCUUGCUGUUCUUCUUCCUUAAACGACAAAGCUGAACGUUUGUAAAGUGCGUCCAAAAUGGUCAUUUUGAACAAGCGGAGCUACCCAAAGUUUUCUGGUUCUCAUGUUGCAUCCAGAAGGAGCCGUCGGCACAAAUAUCAACCAACCUUUUGUUUUCAAGGCCCGGGCAGGUAGGAAAUUGGGUUAAAUCAUCACAAAAAGGCUCAGUUACCUUUUUGGAAUGCGUGUUAACAUCUGCCCGGCUGCUCAGGAAGACGUUCCUGCUUUUCUAUUAAUUAUUAACUAAGAUCACGUCCUGAAAAACCCAGGACACGGUUCAAUUUGACGAGCUCCAACCUAUUAUUUACAUUUUGAAGCUGAGGGUGAAGCUCAAGGAGCAUUUAACUAAACCAAGAACCCUCUGAUGUAUCCAGACCUCAGCGACAGCCAAAUUGUAGGAGAGCGCCCCCCCCGAAAAAACCACUUUCCUCUCAACAAAUUGGCCGUUCCCAAUAUUCAUCAUUAUUUUUCUGAUGUAACAUGAACACUAAGCCCUUUUGGUAGCCAGAUGACCAGCUUAUUUUAAACGCCUCGUAUGAAUAGAAAGCGGCAUAUAGGUAUCUCAUAGUGGGGGAAAAAAUAAAAGAAAAUAAAAAAAGAUUAAAAAAAAAGAGAGAAUAUUUAGUUCCUUUGUGAACUGGCCAUAUGACAACUACUUUUUUAUCAACUUAUUAAGUUGGGGCACUAUAAUAGCUCUUGCUGAGUUUAGCAAUGUUUAUAAGCAUGUGUUAAACACAUAACGUUAAGUUUUAUGAGGAAAAAGGGAUAAAGAAAUGUCACAGAUGAAUGUUUGAGUGCGUAGACGGCAUAAUGUAUGUAUGGGUUUUUAUUUCUACACUGUCGAGCUUAUUUUCUGUUCAAAGGUUAAAAAGAGGUUUGUUGCAUGAGAACUGUUUUAUCGUGUUCUGCACUUUCUGUUCUUUUUGUAUAAUCUUGACUUUUUUUGUUUCAUUUACGCAUAGAAAAAUCAAUUUAGAAAUACUCGACUCCACAAGACGUUGUGUUUCGAUCCGUUGUUCUCAAGUUCGAUCUUAAUAAACGUUUCUAAGAG